AAGUCAGCGCUCUCCAGCGUGGCACUAUUCCUGAAGAAGAGCUCACCGACGGGCUGCUUUUAGCCGCCGAGAGAUCCAUUUCCUUGACGAAGCACACACGGGGGGAACUCUUAUGCAACCCGCCUGAGGACUUACGGAUUAAAAUCGGCGAAAAAUCGUGGGAUUUUGGUUCAUUUCUGCGCGGGCCCCGGAUACAGCUUGCUACCGAUAGAGAGACUCUACUCAGGUCCUCUCGUCCUGACAUGGACACAGGAAUUGUACCCGAAAAGAAAAGGGCGAGCUCGGAGCGGAGGAAGGAGAAAUCAAGGGAUGCAGCGCGAUGCCGGCGUGGGAAGGAGUCGGAGGUGUUCUACGAGCUGGCCCAGCAGCUGCCCCUGCCCCACAGCGUCAGCUCCAGCCUGGACAAGGCCUCCAUCAUGAGGCUCACCAUCAGCUACCUGCGCAUGAGAAAACUGCUCUGCACCGAUGAGCCACUGGCAGAGGAGGAAACGGAGCUCGAUGUCCAGCUAAACAGCUCCUACCUAAAGGCUUUGGAGGGCUUUCUCAUGGUGCUAUCUGAGGACGGAGAUAUGAUUUAUCUCUCAGAGAAUGUCAGCAAGUGCCUCGGGCUGGCACAGUUUGACCUGACUGGACACAGUGUGUUUGACUUCACACAUCCCUGUGACCAGGAGGAGCUGAGAGAGAUGCUGGUUCACAGAACAGGCUCCAAGAAAGCCAAGGAACCAAACACAGAGCGCAGCUUCUUUCUCCGAAUGAAAUGUACUCUCACCAGCAGAGGCCGCACUGUCAAUGUGAAGUCAGCUUCAUGGAAGGUGCUUCACUGCUCAGGUCAUGUGCGUGUUUAUGACAGCAGCCAAACCGAGCCGACCACCAACGGGCACAAGGAGCCGCCCGUCCCCUACCUGGUUUUGAUCUGCGACCCCAUCCCACAUCCCUCCAACAUCGAGGCCCCUCUGGACACCAAGACUUUUCUCAGCCGCCACACAAUGGACAUGAAGUUCACGUAUUGUGAUGAGAGGAUCACUGAGCUCAUGGGUUACGAUCCAGAGGACCUGUUGAACCGUUCUGUGUAUGAAUACUAUCAUGCUCUGGACUCGGAUCAUCUUACCAAGACUCAUCACAACUUGUUUGCAAAGGGCCAGGUCAGCACAGGCCGGUACCGGAUGUUGGCCAAGAAAGGAGGCUUUGUUUGGGUGGAAACACAGGCCACUGUCAUCUACAACAACAAGAACUCCCAGCCACAGUGUGUUGUCUGUGUCAACUUUGUGCUCAGUGGCAUCCAAGAGGAGAAAAUGAUCCUGUCUCUGGAGCAGACUGAGGACGUGAAGCCGGUGAAGGAGGAGAAGGAGCAGCAGGAGGAAGACGAGACUGUCACCUUGAGCAGCGAGGCCGAUCUGUCUCCAGUCCUGCUGAAGGACGAGGAGAAAGGCCCAGAGAUGGAUGUCAUCAAGCUCUUUACCCAGGUGGUUGAGGCCAAGCCGCUGGUCAGCCUGUAUGACCAGCUGAAGGAAGAGCCAGAAGCCCUCACCCUCCUGGCCCCGGCUGCUGGAGACACAAUCAUCUCUUUGGACUUCAGCUGCCCCGAUUCAGAGAUCCAGCUGCUGAAGGAUGUCCCUCUCUACAACGAUGUAAUGCUUCCCUCCACCAGCGACAAGCUGGCUCUGCCUCUGUCCCCUCUGCCGCCCAGCGAGCCGCUCAGCAUCACCAGCACCACCUCUGAAGAUGCAAAAGCCGCCCCAUCCCCCACAGCGAGCAGACACAGCCCCCCAGAGGCUGAUGGUCCAAUGGACUUCUGUUUCCCCAUGGAUUCAGAAAUAAACUCCGAUUUUAAACUAGACUUGGUGGAGAAGCUGUUCGCCAUCGAUACAGAGCCCAAAACCCCCUUCAACACACAGACGAUGGAGGAUUUGGAUCUGGAGAUGUUGGCUCCCUACAUCCCCAUGGACGAUGACUUCCAGCUGCGCAGCCUGAGUCCAGAUGAGCCUCUGUCUUGUGGACCAGUCAAAUCCCUCGAGAGUUCUCCCGUCCACGUCACACAGGACGUCCACAGCUACCCCAGCUCCCCGUUCAGCGCGCCGGGCAGCCGCACAGCUUCCCCAGCACCACCGGAGCCUUUGAACGCCCCCAGUCUUGCCACCAUCAUUGCAAAAAGGACCCCACAGCUGGAUAAAGACGUCUCGCUGAGGACCCUGGCAGCUCAGAACGCACAGCGCAAAAGAAAACUCUGUGACCUGAAGGAGAUCAUUGGACAGGGAACUUUGCCCCAGGAGCAACUUGAGAAGGGCAAAAAGCUGAAGGCUUCAGAGUCGGGAGCAACCAGGGCCAUACUUCUACUGCCUUCAGGUGAGCAAACUAGAUCUCUGGUGAAUUAGGGCAG